CGUUAUGAUUGCCAGGCGUGCCAAGCUGCAGGUGUGCUAAUAGGCCAUCUUUGGCAUCUUUUCCCUUCGUUGCUGGCUGGCAAUGUGUUGCUAGCUCAUCCUUUUUCGAUGUUUGGUGCUUUCCCUGGCAUGCAGAUAUAUCAGCUGUAGGGAAGACCAACUCGAUAUAGUUGUUUUUCCUUGAUUCAGUGCAGUAAUGUGGUUUGUGCUGUUGCUCCAGGUGUGCCUCCUGGGACUUGGCCUGUCCGUGGCCAGUCCUGGUAGGAAGUUUCUCAUUAUGUUUCCCCCUCAUAAUGACCCAACAGCAAAUGUUAGCCAUCAAGUAACUAUCACAGCCACCGGUGUUUGGACCUCAGUCACUGUGCAGGUGCUGGAAAGUAGCUUUGUGCAACACAUCUUCCUCUCUGGUAACCAGUCAAAGACGAUUCACCUGCCGUUGUCUGUGGGAAUGACCAGCGAUCGCUCCUCCUACCUCCUCAGUGUGAAUUCUGUAUGGCCCGUUACAGCCCUUGCCUCAUUCUGUACCCAGACUGGUUGUGAUCACAGCCUCCUUCAUGACGUGUCCUCCUGGGGGACCCACUACUAUCCCGUCACUCCUAACUUCCCUAACCAGACUGCUGUCAGCCAGAUGGUGAUCACCAGCUCAGACCGGGGGACAGCAGUGGACGUCUUCCUCUCAGGGGAAGUGCUCUGUGAAGGCAAAGUGUACACCAGGGGUGGUGUCCUUAGGUUGUAUGUAGGGGCGCUGCAGAGCGUUUAUCUACAGAGCAACUCCAGCCUCUCUGGCUCAGAGUUGAUCUCCAAAGAAGCCGUAGGUGUAGUGGUUGGUUUUACCCGCUCCAAACACACACCUGGGGAUUGCUUGUAUGGAUUUGCAGAGCUGAAACCAGUCACACGCUGGAGCUUUGAUUACAUUAUCCCUCCCUUGGUAAAGACAGGAAUGAGCUCCAGUUUCCUGUUGGCUAUAGCUUCUAUCAACUCUGACCUGGACGUCACUGCCAGCACCGGGCGAAAGACAGUGUCUCUCAUUGGCGGCGUUAUGAAGACCAUCCCUAUUGUGACCUCAGAUAAAAUCCACAUUACUAGUGACAGUCCUCUUCAACUUGUUUUCUUCAAACGUGGGAAUGCACAGAGGCCUUCAAUUCUAACAGUACUGCCAUCUGUUGAUGAUAUCUGCCAGACUGUACCUAUGUUUGAUUCAGGUGAUAUGCAGCAUGAUAACAAUACCCACACAGGAGAUUUAAAGUCUGGUGUUAAAUUCUCCCCAAAGCCCAACAUUACUCAGCUGCCUGAUAAUGCAGAACCCAGUUCUCUUCACACAGACACAGAUGUGGGACACUAUCUGAGUACCAUGAACAGACAUCCAGCAGUGUGUGAGACAACUGCAGCUUCAUGUGAAAAUAAGCACUGUGGUCAGAAACGGAAAUGCUCUAUUAAAGAGGGGAAAUCAGUCUGUUCUUCGGAAACUAAGAUAUGCUCUGCAUGGGGUGACUCUUACUACCGCACGUUUGAUGGAAGAGAUUUGAUCCUACAGGGAAACUGCAACUACACUUUAGUUCAGACGUCCUGCCCAGGCUUGAAUGCUUCAGUUCCACUACAGAUUAAUAUAGCCCGAGCAUAUUUGAACAGUGCCACCAUCUCCACCAUCCACACGGUGCAGAUAAGCAUCCAGGGCUUUAAUAUCUCCAUAGUUAAAGAAGACAAAAAUCAUGUUAGGAUUAACGAACAGAAGAGGAACCUGCCCCUCACCCUUGGAGAUGGGUCCCUGAGCUUUUAUCCAAGUGGUUCCAGCGUUGUCUUACACACUGACUUCGGCCUGACUCUGCAGUAUGACUGGAAGCACCAUCUCCAGGUUGAAGUUGGCCCAGAGCUGUAUGGAGGCCUGUGCGGUUUGUGUGGAAAUGCUAAUCACCGCUCCUCUAAUGGCACCGAUGAGACCCAGACUGUGAAUUUGACCCUCCCAUGGGUGGUGAACAGUGACGCAGGCUCCUGUAAAGAAGAUUGUGGUGGUGUCUCAUGUACAGUGUGCCAAACCAAAUCAUUUCCUAGCAUUAAAGGUGACUCCCUCCGGAUUGGGUGCACUAUUCUGCAGAGGAGCGGGGGACCCUUUGCAGAUUGCCACUCACAUAUUGAUCCUGAGCAAUUUGUUCGUAGCUGUGUAAACAACCUGUGUGUCAAUGAAGCUGCCUCUUCUAUGUGCAAGAUCUUGACGGCCUACGCCAACAUCUGCCAGAGGCUCUCGGCCAGAGUCCAACAUUGGAGAACCAUCUCCAAUUGUACUAUGGCAUGUCCUAUGAACAGCCACUAUGAGAGCUGUGGUACUCCCUGCCCUGCUACCUGCGCCAACCGAGAUGCCCCUCGUAAAUGCUCCGUGCCUCAAUGCCUGGAAUCAUGCCAAUGCAACAGGGGGUAUUUGCUGAGUGGUGGGAAGUGCGUACCACCUAGCAAGUGUGGUUGUCUUCACCAGGGUUCCUACUAUCACCCUAAGGAGAGCUUCUGGAUCGGCGAGCACUGCCAGGAGAAAUGUGUCUGCCAGCUGAGCUCCAAGAGGGUCAUGUGUGCUCCGUCUCAUUGCCAAGAUGGGAAAGUGUGCAAGGUUCUGAAUGGCGUCCUGGGCUGCCACGUGGACGGGCCUGGGGUGUGCAUAGCCAAAGGAGAUCCUCAUUACACCACCUUUGACGGGCGUAAAUUUGAUGUGCAUGGCAACUGUACUUACCUACUCACUUCUCACUGUCCCACCUGGGGGGACCUGGACGACUUUACUGUAGAGGUCCAGAGCCAGACGGAGGCUACUACAAAUGUUUCCUUUCGGCGUGUUAAAAUGGUGGUCUCUGGUUAUUCCAUUGAGAUGACGAAUGAUCGGAGUAACAGAGUUAUGGUAAAUGGUCUGCUGCUGCAUCUUCCAUCUGUAUUGAGCCGAGGCAAAGUUAAGAUCUACAUGACUGGACGCUCAAAGUGUAUAGAGACGGACUUUGGCGUUGUUGUAACGUACAGCUCUGACGUCCUGAUUGUUCAAAUGCCGAGGGUCUACUCUGGUAAUCUCUGUGGCCUGUGCGGGAACUUUAAUGCUAAUCCAGAAGAUGAUCUGAUGCCUGACGACGACGAAUCUGAUAUUUCUCAAGCCGUUAGAUACUGGCAAACCAGCAAUGAAUGCCUGGACGUGCCUGUGAACACCCCGGGGUGCAAUUCACAAGAUAUGGAUCUUUAUGAGGGAAAAGAUUUCUGUGUAAGGUUGCUGGAUACAGAGGGAGCGUUCCAGAGCUGCCACGCAACGGUUGAUCCAGAAGAUUUCUACGAUAACUGCGUCCAUGACCUCUGUUAUAGUAACCAGACGACCCUGUGUCAGAUUCUGUCCAGCUACGUUGCGGUGUGUCAAGAAAUGGGAGCUAUAGUGGAUGAAUGGAGGGCUCCCAACUUUUGUAAGCUCUUCUGCCCAUCUAAUAGUGAAUACCGCCUGUGCUCCAGUCACAUGUCUGACUGUGUAAAAAACCCAAGUCCUCGAGCAGUGAAAUGCAAAGAAGGCUGUUUCUGCAAACCUGGGUUUUUCCACAGUGGUGGAGGAUGUGUACCAAACUCUGAUUGUGGCUGCGUUUACAAUGAUGUUUACUAUGAAAUCAAUGAGAACUUCUACCCUGAUGAGCAAUGUCGGCUGCACUGUGUCUGCGUGGGCCACAGCAGAGUGCAAUGUACCAACCACACAUGUCCAAACGGAACAAAAUGUGCCAUCCAAGAUGGCCAGAGGGCAUGUCAUGCACCACAACCUGUUAAAUGUGCAGUCAUGGGUGGCAGACACUUCAGGGGCUACGAUGGACGUAGCUUUGACUUUAAUAUGGGAAGCUGCCGUUAUGUUCUGUCCCAGGUUUGUGAUGGGGAAGAGUCUGACCCCACUGUUAUUAUCCAGCAAGGACAGCUGCACAUCAGGGUCCAUGGAGUGAACAUGUCUUUGGGGAUGGAGCAUUUGGGAAAAGUAAAGAUUGAUGGUGUUUUGAGGGGUCUUCCUGUCCAGCUGGAUCACAUAGCAGUACUGCACUCUGGCUCGCUGACUCGUGUUGUUGUAGGAACAGGAGUUGUCAGUUAUGGAGGGCCUGAUCUGAUACAAAUAGUGACUCCUGCCUCCCAUAGAAAAAUGUGUGGCUUGUGUGGAAACAUCAGCGCUGUUGCUGCAGAUGACAAACGGAGCCCGAAUGGCAGCCUCGCAAGCGAUGUUUCCACCUUUGCAUCCUCCUGGUCACUUUCAUCACCUGGAACGAACUGCUCUGAAGAAUGUGAUCUCUGCUCAGCAUGCAACUCCACCGCGGCAGCUGAAUUUGCUUCUGCUAACUUCUGUGGCAUGCUGCUUGCUCCUGCAGGAUCAUUUAGUGGAUGUCACUCCACUGUGGACCCUGAGCCCUUCUUUCAGAACUGUGUGAAUGACUUGUGUGUGUCUAAUGGGAAUGAGAAAUUUCUUUGCAGUAGUUUGAGCGAGUACACUUUUGCAUGCCAGGAGGCAAGAGCUACAGUCAAACCAUGGAGGGGGAAGAAGUGCUCGCUCUCAUGCCCUGAAAACUCUCACUAUAAUAUAUGUGUCAGUGCGUGCCCCGAGUCCUGUGGUAUUUUAUCCGAUAUCCCUUGCCCGUGGGGCUGUUAUGAGGGAUGUCAAUGUGAGCCUGGAUACAUGCAGAGUGGAAAUGGCUGCGUCAAAGCUGAAAAAUGUGGUUGCCUUUACCUUGGGCACUACUAUGAGAUCGGGGAGAUAUCGUGGACUGGGGGAUGCUCCGAGCAGUGUAACUGCUCCGCCGCUGCCACCAUGUGCUGCGAGCCAGCCUCUUGCCCCAAGGGAGAGAGCUGCACCCUUAACGAUACCUGGGGCUGUGCAAGGAAAGAUAAUGAUCAUAAUGUCUGUGAAAAAGGAGAGACUUGUGGAGUCCAGAGCCAGCCUCUGCAAACCCAGUGUUGGGUACUGGGAGGCGCCCACUUCUACACUUUUGAUGGAAAGGUGUUUGAAUUCCUAGGAAACUGCACCUACACUCUGAUCCAUAUAUUGAACGAGACCAGUGAGAAUAUGACCUUUUGGGUCGGGGUACAGAAAGACAGGACCCCCAACGAGGCUUCCUCACUUAAAGCUAUUCAUGUCAAAGUGGCUAAAGACAAUAUUACCAUCUACAGAGGGGAAAAAGGCUAUGCUUGGAUAAAUGGCGAGAAAAGGCUACUACCUGUGACUCUACAGUUUGGACUCGUGAAGAUUUAUCAGAGUGGCAUUUUUGUUUUUGUGGAUACUAAUCUGGGCAUCCAAAUUAAGUAUGACUGCUCUCAUAUUGCCACCAUCUUCCUCUCUAAUACAAGAGAAGUCCACGGGAUGUGUGGCAAUAAUAAUGGCAUCAAAGACGAUGACCUCAGGACCCCACAGGGUGAGGCUGUUGACGCUACCACCUUUGGCUGGAGCUGGAGAGUUCCUGAUCAGGAAGCUCGGUGCACAGCAGAUUGUGGAGACGCAUGCCCACGCUGCACUGCCCAGCAGCUACUAGAGAAAGACGUAGCCGGUCAAUGGAUCUCCAUGCACGAGUACAUUUGGGCACCACAAAAUCCAUUCUACCUGUGCCGGGAAGUUGUUAACUACACUGAAAUCUCUGCAGCUGUGAGCAUGUUUGACCUGUGCUCUAGUAAUGACAUUCAGAAGGCCUUCUGCCUGAUCUUGGAGGCCUAUGCUGCCGCCUGUCAAAAUGCCCAGAUCCAGAUCGGAGAGUGGAGGAAUAGCACCUUUUGCCUUUUUCCUCCUCCUCUCCUAUCAGACAUUUCCUGCCAACUGAAUAGCCAUUAUGAGUCCUGUGGCUCAGCCUGCCCUGCUACCUGUGAGGACCCAUCCGGUUCAAGACCCUGCCCCCUGGCUUGUGGCGGGACCUGCCAGUGUGACCCAGGGUUCGUCCUGGACGGUGACACCUGCGUGCCCUUGUCCCAGUGUGGCUGCACUCACAACGGCUACAGUUACCACAGCAACCAGACCUUCUGGGCCAACGAGGGAUGCACUGAACGGUGCGUUUGUGACCCCCACACCCACCAGACGCAGUGCCAUUUGGAUUCUUGCGGCCCUGACAAAUACUGCGGUCUUCAAAAUGGAGUCAGAAGCUGUGUGCAACACCCCCAGCAGAUGUGCAUGUACGCUGGUCAUCACAUUGUCACCUUUGACCAGCAUGACUAUGAUUUGCGCGGCACCUGUCAGUACCAGUUACUGGGCAUGUGUGGGCAGAAACGAGGCCUCGAUGCUAUUGAGGUUCACGUACAGACAGAUGGACACCUGGAGUCAGCACUUCAUGUCCUGGUCAAUGUGAGCGGUGUGCUUGUGGAGCUAAACAGCAAAAAUACUGAGAGCAUAGAGGUCGAUGGUGUCAAGAGGAACAUGCCCUAUCACAGCCCCACUGCAAUGGCUUUCUCUUUGGUGCUGCACACUUACAUCUACACAGAUAUGGGCUUUGAGCUGAGUCUCAGCACAGAGGGCAUAAUUGGCAUUAGUCUCUCCAGUAAAUAUGCAAAUGCUACUUGUGGCCUGUGUGGUAACUUCAACUCUGACCCUGCUGAUGACCUCACAGCAAAUAGCCCGAAGGAGCAUCUCUUUCCCGAGCUUUUUGGAAAACAUUGGAGAAGUGGGCAGAAUCCUUGGUGUGUGGAAGGCUGCCUUGGAGGAAGUUGUCCAAACUGUUCAUCUGAGCGUCUGGCCCGCUUCUCUGACCCGGAGGCCUGCGGGAAGAUUCUGGAAGUUAAUGGACCAUUCAGACACUGUCAUGGCAAAGUGGACCCCUCCAGCUUUUACAAGCGCUGCGUCAGUGACCUGUGUCUUCACGGAGGUCUCCAGCCUGCACUGUGUCACUCCCUGGCAGAGUACGCCGCUGUCUGCCUUUCCCACAAGGCUACAGUUUAUGCCUGGAGGAGUCCUGGAUUCUGCUAUCUGUCCUGUCCCUCCAAUACCAGCUACAACAUGAGUUCUGCCUCUGUUCACCUCUGUCUCGGCUGGCAGAAUAAAACCGUAGAGAUGCCUCUAAAGACUGAGGAGAACUGCCUUUGUGAAGCCGGUUUAGUACACACUGGCAGCCUGUGUGUCCAUCCAGAAAACUGUGGCUGCUCUCACCAUGGAGAAUACCUCAGGGCAGGGCAGGAGGUGUCUACAUGCAAGCAAAGCUGUUUAUGUCACGCCGGGGGACACAUGACUUGUAGUAAUGUCUCCUGCGGAGAGGAUGAGGACUGUAAGCUUAUUAGGGGUGUUCAAGGUUGCCACCCCAAACCCAAAGUGGCACACUGCUCUGUUGAUGGCUCCCAGUACACCACGUUUGACGGACAGGCAUUUGAAUUUCAUGGUUCAUGUAACUACACCCUGGUGCAGAUGUGCCUCAAUAAAGUGGAUGUGGAGCCCGUUUUGAUAGCUGCACAGGGCAACCGUAGCGAGGGCAGGCAGAUAUACUUGCAAGUCAAUAAAAUGUAUUUUAAGACGUCAACGGCUUUUCCUGGAAAAAUUGAGGUAAACGGAUUUUAUGAGAACCUGCCGUUCUCCCGGAGCAACGUCACCGUACAUCAGAAAAACGGACGGAUAACCAUCAAGACCCCACAGUCGAUUGAGCUUAUAUCGGACCUGCAAAACCACAUUCUGGUCAAGAUCCCCGACAUUUACCGCCAGACCACCUGUGGCCUCUGUGGCAACUAUAAUGAUGAUCCCUCAGAUGACCUGCUGCUUCCCAAUGGCACCAUGAGCUCUGAUCCCGACAUCGUUGGGUCAUCAUGGAAGUUGUCUGAAAACGACACAUCCUGCAGCGACACAUGUGACAGUACCUGUCAACGUUGCCACUCCCCUAUGCCCGAAUAUACCUCUGACCAGUACUGUGGCUUUCUCACCCAUCCCAGGGGACCGUUCUCUUCUUGCCAUCAUUUAGUGUGCCCAAAGAAAUACUAUUCACUCUGCAUGGAAACCCUUUGUGUUGCAGAGGGCCAACGCUGGGCCCUGUGUGACGCGCUGUGGGCCUAUGACGCAGCAUGUAAGGAGGCAGGAGGGACGGUCGGCCUCUGGACAAACACCACAGGCUGUGCUUAUCCGUGUCCUCAGUUCAGCAACUACAGCCAAUGUGCCAAUGCUUGCUCCUCACUGUGUCCUGAGAUCAGCCAGGCAGUGCAGUGCCACAGAGACUGUGAGGAAGGUUGCCAGUGUAAUACUGGAUACCUCUAUGAUGGCCAUGACUGUAUACCAGCAGAGCAGUGUGGCUGCGUACAGGGCAGGAUGCGGUUCAAGGCCACUGAGAGCAAACUGCUACAAAACUGUACUCUUAACUGCAUCUGUGGGCCUCCUCUUGUCUGCAAGCAAUAUUCAUGUCCUGCAUUGCACAGUUGUACAGUUUCAGAUGGAAUAAUGGGUUGCCACAAGGAUGCAGAGCAAAACCCAGAUCCAUGCGAGGGAAAAUGUGAUGCAACGGAGAAAUGUUUCCUGAGCGAUGGCGUGCCCGUCUGUGAGAGCCGUCGGGGUCUGUGCUGGGCCUGGGGAGGCCAGCACUACCACACCUUCGACGGGCUCAACUAUGACUUUGAGGGAACCUGUACUUAUCUGCUCGCAGCCAGCCAAGGAGCAGCAUGUGGUCUGACGCCCUUUAGUGUCUCCAAAAAGAACGACUGCAGUGACAACAGUACUGCAUCCUCCACACAGGUGGUCACUGUACACUCAUAUGGGUUCCGCAUCCAGCUCAGUGGUGAAAACGACAGCAUAUAUGUUAAUGGUCAAGUGACUUAUAUUCCUGUUAAUCUGCUGCGGGGAAAGAUCCAGGUUUCUUACAAGGAAGGCAAAGUUCUACUGACAACUGACUUUGGUAUGCGCAUGGUGUUGGAUGGGACCUCCACUGUUGUUGUCACACUGGACCCACACUACAAGGGCAAAGUGUACGGACUGUGUGGCAAUUUUAACGGCGAUCCUCAAGAUGAGUAUCCUGUAACUACACCUGGUUCCCCUCCCAUUAACACAAGUGUGGAGUUCGCUCAGACUUACAGGCUUUUUGACGGGGACCAUAACUGUUGUACUGGCUGUAAGCAGAAACUGGAUGAAGUGGCCUUGCCCGCAGAUGUUGUCACUGGUGACGGCAGACAGUGUGCAGUGCUCAUGGAUCAGAAAGGUCCGUUGGCCCACUGUCAUAGUCGAGUCGAUCCGGGUUCCUUCUAUGAAAGUUGUGUCGACCACAUGCAUAACGCAGGCUCUAAAGUUGCUCUUGACCGGGCCAUGUAUUCGUAUUCCAUAGUUUGUGAAGAAGCCAGUGAUGACGAUCGCAGUGAAGUGACGGUUGAUGCGCGCUGUCCACCAAACAGCCACUACAAGACCUGCGGCUCAGCCUGUCCUCCGUCCUGUGAAUAUAACGCCACUUUCUGUACCAAGAUCUGCGUGCAAGGCUGCUUCUGUAACCCCGGUUUCAUUAGGAGUCAAAUUGGCUGUGUGCGACCACAUCAGUGUGGCUGCACAGACUCCAGUGGCAAAUACCACAACCUCAACUCCACUUUCUGGACACCGGACAGCUGUGGUCAGCUCUGUACCUGUGGACCGGAUACUGGAGAGAUCUGCUGCCGCCCGGCCCAGUGCCCCAGGGGAAUGGUCUGCAAGCAGCUACAGCACAAGAGGAUGUGUCAACCUGAAAACCCCCAGAACUGCACCAUUGUUACUGGGCUGCAUUUUAUGACCUUUGAUGGACAUCAUUUUGACUCCGGAGACAGUUGUGCAUAUUCUUUGGUUCAAACCAAGGCCAACCUAACUGGACUAACGCCAUUCAGUAUCACUAUCUCUGAUGCAAGCUGCCAUAAAAGGCUCUUUCAUAGCCUUGAUUUAACACUCUCAAUCUAUGGUCUGGAGGUGGAGGUGAGAAAAGAUGACCCAGGAAAGGUUUUGGUGGAUGGACUGUAUAAGGCCUUGCCAUACUCUCACCUGAUAGGCCAUGUAAAUGCCUACCGCACACCUUCGUCUAUCAUCAUUCACACUGAUGUGGGAUUACAGCUGAUCGUCUACACCACCGGCACACUAAUGGUUAUCCUCCCCAGCAGUUAUGGCUCUUCUGUCUCUGGUCUUUGUGGGAAUGCCAACACUCAUCCUCAUGACGACCAAAUGAUGCCCAAUGAAGAGCUUGCCCAAAAUAAGCUUGAGUUUGCCCACAGCUGGAGGUCUCUGGGAGCCGAGGCCUGCAGGUCCAACUGUUCCUCCAGACCAAAGCGUUGUCCCGUUGAGGCAAAGAAGCUUUUUGAAGGCAGUGAUUUUUGUGGGGUGUUGUCGAAUGAGCUAGGGCCAUUUGCAGACUGCGCCUCGGUGUUAAGUCCCAAGCUUUACUUCCACAGCUGUGUGACAGAUUCCUGCUCAUAUGGCGGACACUACUCAGCACUCUGCAAUUCCAUUGCAUCUUAUGCUGCUGCCUGCCAAGCAGCUCAGCUGCCCGUCAGGCAUUGGAGGAGUGACACUUUUUGUGGUAUGCCAUGCCCUACGAACAGCCACUAUGAGCUGUGUGGACCUCGAUGUCCUGUAGUGUGCCUUGGACUGUCCUCUCCAGCAAACUGUAGUGGAGGUUGUGAGGAGGGCUGCCAGUGUGACCCAGGCUACGUCCUGAGCGAUGGCCAGUGUGUGCUGGUUUCUGAAUGUGGCUGCAUGCACGAGGGACAGUAUCGCCCUGCCGGACACUUCUACUCUGAGAAAAGCUGCCAAAAGUGUAACUGCAAAAGAGGAGAAGUGACCUGCAGCCCCAUGGAAAGCUGUUCAGGAACGGAUGGCCUUGCCUCGCAGUAUGGGGUGUGCCAAGUGUUUGCUGGCUUUGGCUACAUCACUUUCGAUGGUAUUAUUCUGCCUCACCACGGAGCUUGCACAUAUGUGGUGUCAGCACUAUCCUCUAAAGCCCUUCAUGACUAUACUCUGCUUCUUAGCUUUAAAAAGGACAGGAAUGGCACUUUCACAAUCAGUAGACUAGUAUUUCGUUUGAAUUCAAUGGAAGUGUCCAUUGACCCUGAAACUAUAUGGAAAAUACAAGUAAAUGGAGAAGAACGCAUGAUGCCUUUUGACAAUGGAGAACUUAAAGCACACCAAGUUGGCAAUAGACUGAUUAUCAUCACUCCAUCCGGGGUGGGAAUUGACUUGUCCUCCACCCAGUACCUCAGGUUAACUGUACCGCAGGUAUAUGACGCCACAGUUUCGGGCCUCUGUGGGAACUUCAAUGGGGACAGGUAUGAUGACCUGCAACUGCAAAAUGGCCACCUUACCGUAAGCUUUGCAAAUCUCCUGCACAGUUGGGCAGUAGAAGCUCCUGGACAGCAUUGCACUGACACUUGUGGGAGAGAGUGUCAUGAGUGUAAGCUGUCCCAACAUGACAGCAUGGUCUGUGAUAUCCUGUUCAUCAAUCGUACUGAAUUCCACCGUUGCUGGAACAGUGGUGUGGAGCGGGACAUUUACACACGUAUGUGCACCAGGGCGGUUUGUGGUGGGGCAGGGCACAUGGCUGCAUGUCUGGCACUGGAAGCAUAUUCUGCAGCCUGCCAGGCUAAAGGAGUACCAGUGGGAUCGUGGAGAGAGAACACUCGUUGUGCUCUCCAGUGUCCUGACUGCAGCAGCCCAAGGGAGUGUGUUGACUCCAGCUCCAACUCGUGCCCUGCUCUUCUCCAACCUGGUUUUCCAACAACUGGCUGUUCAGAGGGCUGCGAGUGCCACAACGGAAAUGUGUUUGAUGGGGGCGAGUGCGUACCUUACAGUCAGUGUGGGUGUGUUCAUCAUGAUAUGUAUAUCAAGAUGGAUGAUCAAUUGUUCACAGAGGACUGCACUCAGAGAUGCUGGUGCCACCCUUUGGGUGGGGUGAUAUGUGAGGCGGCAGGCUGCAGUCCAGGGCAGCAGUGUGCUCUGAGGAAUGGUCUUUGGGGCUGUCAUGACAGACCUGAAGUUUGUGAGCUCAUGGGCAGCAUCCUCACCACACUAAGUGGGCAGCAGCUGAGCCUGGAACCUGGGUUAUCUCAAAGUCUGAUGUCCGUCUGUGACGAAGCAAGUGUGCAACGGUUCAGUCUGAUCUCUUACCACGGACCUUGUAAUGGCAGCACUUCCAGGCUCGUCACUGUGUUUCAUAUCCUCCUGCAUGGAUCAUCAUUUACCAUACAGGAAGGCACAGUGAAGGUGAACGGACGCUUUGUGUCCCUACCUCACAUCUCGCCAUCGGGGGUGUCCCUGUCAUCUGGUGUGAGCCAGGACAAGUCAGAGGUCGUAGUGAACCUGAGGAGAGAUGCUGGGAUGGAGUCAGAGCUGGACAUGGAGAUUGGUGUUACCACGGUGACAGUCAAGGUCCCUCUCUGGUACUCGGGCAAAUUGUGUGGCCUCUGUGGAAACCUUGACGACCUCCACUCCCACAAAUCAGUCAUGUCAUGGGUUCUCCCUGACUUUCCUGGCUGUGGCUCACUGGAUGACUGACCGUUUUAAUGUCCUAAGUAAUGUGUAUUGUUGAAUGUUUAAAUACAAAAACAACU